AUGCCUUCCAACGGGAAUCACCCAUUGACGCUUCAAUUUGGUCUGAUCAACCACGAGGGUCGUUACCUAACUGCUGAGGCCUUUGGCUACAAAGUCAACGCUUCAGCUCCAAGCAUGAAGAAGAAGCAGAUCUGGACUCUGGAGCAGGACUCCCAGGACACCCGAGUGGUGUACCUGCGUAGCCACCUCAGACGUUACCUAGCCUCUGACAAGGACGGCAAGUUGACCUGCGAGGCCGAAAGCCGCCACGCAGAGUGUCGCUUUCACAUCGUGGCCCAGUCAGACGGUCGCUGGGCUCUUCAAUCCGAGCAGCACCUCCGCUUCUUUGGCGGAUCCAGGGACCACCUGUCCUGCUUCGCCCAGGGCAUUACAGACACCGAGCUAUGGGCAGUGCAUCUGGCUCUGCACCCGCAGGCCAAUCUGUUGUCGGUGGCCCGCAAGCGCUACGCGCAUCUCUCGGUAGAGGAUGGCGAGAUCUCGGUGGAUAUGAACAUUCCCUGGGGGGUGGCUGCAAUCCUUACCUUGGUCUACCAGAACGGGAAAUACUGCCUAAAGACCAGCGACAGCCGCUUCCUCAGCAACGAUGGGAAGCUUGUGACGCAAAGCGGCAGGACCACAACGUACACGCUGGAGCUCAAGUGUGGAAAGUUGGCUUUCAAAGACUGUGAAGGGAAGUACUUGUCUCCCAUGGGCCCUAGCGGCACCUUGAGGUCCGGCCGCUGCUCGAAGCCAGGCAAAGACGAACUGUUUGACCUACAGGAAAGCCACCCGCAGGUGGUUCUCAUUGCAGCCAACGGGAAAUACGUCUCCAUGAGGCAAGGAGUAAGCCUCGCCGCCAACCAGGAAGAUGAGACGGAUUUGGAGACGUUUCAGAUGGAGAUGGACAAGGAGAACAUGAAGUGUACUUUUCGCACCAGCCAAGGGAACUACUGGACCCUGGUUGCCCACGGAGGCAUCCAGAGUACAGCCUCAGAAGUGUCAGCAAACAGCAUGUUUGCAAUGGAGUGGCUCGGUCACAAGAUGGCGUUAAAAGCAAACAAUGGAAAAUACAUCUGCACUAAGAAGAAUGGUCAAUUACUAGCUGUCAGUGAUUCUAUAGGUGAUCGUUGUUUUGUUUUGUCAGGGGAGGACGAACAGCUGAGUCUGAAACUGAUCAAUCGGCCAAUGUUGAUCCUCCGAGGGGAGAAUGGUUUCAUCUGCCAUCAUAAGAACUCCAACACUCUAGAUGCCAGCAGAUCUAUUUAUGACACUUUCAGCCUGCAAUUUAGCAAUGGCUUCUAUCACAUUAAAGGUGUGAAUGGCCGCUUCUGGUACGUCAACAGCACCGGGUUGGUAUGCUCGGAUGGUGAAGUCCCAGAAGAUUUCAGCGUGGAGCUCAUGGAGCGCGGCCGCCUCGCCAUCCGAAGCAAGAAUGGACGGUAUCUGCGGGGAGACCAAGGAGGAACACUUAAAGCAGAUGGACUCAGCCUGAGCAGCUCAGCUUUGUGGGAGUAUUAA